UUCAUUCUCAGACUCAUAGUCACUGUUUCCAGCAUUGGCUAAUUCCACGAAAUUAUCUUCCAAUUCAUUUUCAGGAUCAUUAUAGUCAAAAUCAUCAUCCAUUGCAGCAACUACAUCAGGAUCCAAGUUUAAUUGUAAUCCAGAAACAGGGGCUGCUUUAUUGAGAAGUCCAACUUUUUCUUCCACAUUUGAGGCAAACACGGAAGAAGUUAAAAAUGUCAGUUUCACGGCAUUCGAUAUGUCCGGCCAUGACCGUCAUAGAGCUUUAUGGGAACAUUAUUACAAGGAUUGUCAUGGCAUUAUUUUUAUAAUUGAUAGUAGCGACAAGUUACGAUUGGUCGUGGUUAAAGAAGAAUUAGAUAUGCUUCUUCAACAUCCUGACGUAGCAAGCCGCAAAAUACCGAUACUCUUUCUGGCGAAUAAAAUGGAUUUACCUGAUUCUCUGACUACUGUUAAACUUGUUGCCGGGCUUGGUCUUGACCGUAUACAAAAUAAACCUUGGCAUAUACGAGCAACAAAUGCAAUCACCGGAGAAGGCUUACAACCAGGCAUAGAGUGGCUCACGGAUCAAAUUCGGGACAUAUAUGUUAAUAAGAGAUAAAGAAAAUGUUAUUCUAUAUAUUUUAAAAGUGACCCACAUAUCAUUUUGUACUUAUAAUCACGAAACUUAUCAACUGUGUAACGUUUCCCAUAAGUGUACUUAAACUUUUGGUAAUCAUGUAUGAAUGAAACGCGCAAUUUAAUCGUGACAGAAUUUAUAAUAAAUAAUCCGUCCAAUAAAUAUAUUAAUCGUAUUUAUGCGAUACUUUGUCGAUACAGGUUGAUAAUAGGAAUUCCUUGAAAAAUAACUAACAAAAAUUUUCGAUCAUAUUUAUCAGAUGCGAGAUGCAAUUUUUAACAGACGAGCAAGGCGGGUUGCAUACAGUAAGGGGACACUAUUUAAAUCUUACUUCAUUUAAGAUUUCUAUUUUAUCGAUCUUACCAGUUCUAUUGAUUAUUGUAUUUUCAACUUCUGCAGAAUGUUAAUUUUAACUUGCUUUUGGAAUAUUUUAUUCCCUUUGUUUUAUUUUUAUGUUGAUGGAAUUUUGUUUUACAAACUUUUAGUUAAUUACAAACUUGCAAAGAGAUAUGUUCGCGUAUUAUAAAAGUAUUGGAAGCUAUAAUGAAAGUUUGCGUCUACAGGAAGAAUUAAACUUAUUAUA